UCUAGAGGAAGAAGCCUAGGUAUAGCACAUGGUGAACGCCAACCAAGGUGCGGAUCCGCCCGUGUUGGAGAUAAUCCCUUGUCCGGAUUGCGGAAGGCGAGUGGUGACGUUUGUGGCAAGGCGAGGACAGUUCGCGGGUGAGAGGUUCUACAAGUGCCGCAACCACAACCCAGGGAGAGGAGGUUGUGAUUUCUAUCGAUGGCAAGAAGCAUAUCUGGAGCACUUGGUUGGCCAUGGACCGGUGGUGCCUCUGGUGGAGCAGCUCAAUCCGGGUGAUGACGGUGUCGAAGGAUUAGUUGAAGGUGGUCAGAUGCAGGCGGCGAAUGUUGCAGUGGGGCAGCACAACAGAGGGCCGGAGGCGUCGCACAUGGCCACCGCGGCCACCGACGUUGCCGGGUCGUUGCUGCAGGAGGUGGCAGUUGGUCGGUGUCAGCCAGGCGUCACUCUGGAUGCCGCAUCGAUCAAUCUGGUGGUGUCUGUCGGAAACAUGGCUAUUUGCGUCGCCAUCCUUGUACUAGUUGUGGCUGCAAUCGUGAUGCGAUGCGCUUGAUUAGUCAAUGUAAUACUAGUAUCUUAUGGACGCGUAGUGGGAGGUGUGCUUAGGUAUGGCAGGGGUUAAGUGCUGUCAGUGGCGUGCGCGAGGUAGCCAUAUGCUUUUGGCUUGUUUAGCAUCUUGCUUGUAUGUUUGGACCUACUUUUAUGUAAUGA